CACGCGCAGGGUUCGAUCGCUUCCAUCGCUCACGACGCGCGAGAUCGAUAGGAGGUGAUAAGGCCCGCGGACGCGGACGCGGACGCGAACGCGCGGCGGCUCCCGCGCCAUUCCCACCUUUGUUCGGACGUGUGUGUUCGGACGUGUGUGGGCGAAAUGUCGACGGAAGGCGACGAGGACUUCGACGCGCGGAUCGACGCGGAGUUCGACCGCGCGCGCAAAGAGCACUCCGAGGAGGCCGUGAAGCGCAAGCGCGGCGACCUCGGGUCGGAGUCGAGCGACCUGGAGAGGCAGAAGUUCGACAGCGGGAAGUCGAACUCGACGAGCCUCGACCCAGAGGGCGGAAUUGACGCUCGAGACGACGCGCCGGCGUCCGCCCGCCCGACGACGACGACGACGACGACGACGCACACGCAGACCGCGCCCGAGGCGACGACCGAGACGACCGAGACGGAGACUCCAGACGCCGACGCCGACGCGAACGCGGCGGCGAGGACGGAGCUCGCGCGCGUCCACCCGCGCGCGCAGAUCACGUGUCCGUGCACCGCCGACGGCUGCGAUAAGGCGUGCGACACCGCAUACACGCGACGGUACCGCACGUGCCGCGAGCACAUCGACUCCCUGGACGUCCUGCGCGACGGGCUCCACCAGAGGUUCUGCCAGCGGUGCUCGUCGUUCCACGCGCUCGCGGCGUUCGACGGGAGCCGGCACACGUGCCGGCAAGCGCUCGACGCGUACAACGAGUCGCGGCGGAAGAUUCGCAAGGCGGCCAAGGAGAAGAAAAACUUGGAGGCGGCGGGCGGCGCGGCCGCGGCGGCCAUCGCGGCGGCGACCGCGGCGGCGACCGCGAACGCGCGCGACGCCGCCGCCGCCGCGGGUCUCCUCGGCGGCCUGUUCGACGCGACCGCGCGCGCGGCGUUGGAGGCGGGCGCGGGACCGGGGGUGGCGCGACCGGGAGCCGCGGGCGCGGCGGGGCUCCUCGGCGGCGUCGCCGGGUUGGCCGGGCUCGGCGGGUGGGGCGGGCUGUCUGGGGUCGGUCUGAGCGGGCUGGGCGGGAUCGGCGGGUUUGGGUUUGGGUUAUCCGGCGUCGGCGGCGUCGGCGGCGUCGGCGGCGGCGCGACGGCGCCGCCCGCGGACGCCACCGCGACCGAGGCGCUUCUGCUCCGGCUGCGGCUCCGGCAAGCCGCGGCGAGCAAUUCCCUCGCGGAGCUCGCGCGCGCGCGCGCAGUCGCGGUCGCCGCGGGCGCGGACCCGAACGGCCAAAACCUCGCCGCGCUGACCGCCGGGGCCGCCGCCUCGGAUUCGCCCCGCGCGGAUCUCGUCGCGGCGUACCUGAACGCGUCGGCGCGCCCGGAGGCGGCGCCGGCGCCGGCGCCGGCGCCGGCGUCGGACCUCGGCCUCGCGCUGCAUCGCGCCGCGGCGCUGCGCGCCGCGCAGUCUCAUGCGACGAUCGACCCCGCGGUGGCCGCGUACGCGUCCGAGCUUCAGUGGCAGCUCGCCAGCGCGCGAGAAACGCAGAUGGCGACGCAGAUGGAGACGCAGAUGGAGCUUCAGGCGGCGGCGGGGGCCGCGGGCACCGCCGCGACGGGCGCGGGCGCGGGCGCGGGCGCGGGCGCGGACGGCGCCGGCGGGCGCUGAUUUGAUGGUGGCGAUCGCGAGGAGGAAGUCGAUUCGGUCGCGCGGCGGGCGACCGGAGUGAAUGGUGAACGCGUCGCCUUGUUCAUUCUUUUCCGAAGGGUGGGUCGUGGUCGUUGGCCCGCGGGCUGAAACUGGCCAGGAUUCGACCCGACCCCAACCCUUCCUUGUAUAUCUUCCCGACGAUAGUCGUAGGUUUCAUGUCUAAAUGUGUAUAAAAAAGUGAAGUCAUCGCGUG